AUGAUUUCAUUCAGGCAAGCAGCUUAUUUCAUUUGCUUGUUUACUACAGUUUCCUGCGGGUGUCAGACUCAACUAUAUAAAAACACCUUUUUCAGAGGUGGGGAUGUAACUGCCAUGUACACCCCAAAUGCCCGGCACUGUCAGAUGAUGUGCACAUUCCACCCUAGGUGUUUGCUCUUCAGUUUUCUUCUGGAAAAUUCAACCAAUGACCCAGGGAAAAGGUUUGGUUGCUUCUUGAAGGAUAGUGUUACAGGAUCCCUGCCAAGAGUGCAUCGGACAAGUGCAAUUUCUGGACAUUCCUUGAAGCAAUGUGGCCAUCGAAUAAGUGCUUGCCACCGAGACAUUUAUGAAGGAAUUGAUAUGAGAGGAGUAAAUUUUAAUGUAUCUAAGGUUAAAAGUGUUGAAGAAUGCCAAAAAUGGUGCACCAAUGAUAUUCACUGCCAAUUUUUCACAUAUGCCACGCAGACAUUUAACAAGGCAGAGCACCGGAAUGAAUGUCUACUGAAGCAAAGUUCAACAGGAACACCUACCAGUAUAAAGGUGCUGAAUAAUGUGAUAUCUGGAUUCUCACUGAAGCCCUGUGCACUUUCAGAAAUUGGCUGCCACAUGAACAUUUUCCAACAUCUUGCAUUCUCGGGUGUGGAUGUUGCCAGGGUUACCGCUCCAGACGCUUUUGUAUGUCGCACCAUUUGCACCUAUCAUCCCACCUGCCUCUUCUUCACGUUCUACACGGAUGCAUGGCACAGACAGUCGCAAAGAAAUGUUUGUUUCCUUAAGACUUCUGAAAGUGGGACACCGAGUUCUCCUACUCCUCAAGAAAACGCCAUGUCUGGAUAUAGCCUUUUAACCUGCAAAAGAACUUUGCCUGAACCCUGCCAUUCCAAAAUUUACUCUGGAGUUGACUUUGGAGGGGAAGAAUUGAAUGUGACGUUUGUUGAAGGAGUGAAUGUUUGCCAAGAGACUUGUACAAAGAUAAUUCGCUGUCAGUUUUUUUCUUAUUCUGUACUCCCAGAAGACUGUAAGGGAGAGAAGUGUAAGUGUUCCUUAAAAUUAUCUUUGGAUGGUUCUCCAACUACAAUUACAUAUGGGACACAAAAGAGCUCUGGCUAUUCUCUGAGACUGUGUAAAACUGGGGAUGGCUCUGUCUGCACAGCAAAAGGAAAUGCACGCAUUGUUGGAGGAAUGAACUCUACUUGGGGAGAGUGGCCCUGGCAGGUUAGCCUGCAGGUGAAGGUGACAACUCACAGACACCUGUGCGGAGGGUCAAUCAUUGGACGCCAGUGGGUCCUGACUGCUGCUCAUUGCUUUGAUGGGCUUUCCUUACCGGACAUUUGGCGCAUUUAUGGUGGCAUUGUAGAGCUGUCAGAGAUUACAAAAGAAACACCUUUCUCACAAGUCGAAGAGAUUAUUAUUCAUCAAAAAUAUAAAAUCUCAGAAGGUGGUCAUGAUAUUGCCUUAAUAAAACUUCAGGUUCCUUUGAAUUAUACCGAGUUUCAAAAACCUAUAUGCCUGCCUUCCAAAUAUGAUACAAAUACAGCUUAUACAAACUGUUGGAUAACUGGAUGGGGCUACACAAAGGAAAAAGGGAGAUUCAGGUGGCCCCUUAGUUUGUAA